AUGUCUCUCGGAUAUAUGAAUAAAAAACCAAGGGGAGUUAAGUUCAUAGGACGCAGGAAAGUUCUUCGCAGACAAAUGUUAGGCGCUCUCCAUGACCGAGUGCACGUAGAAAUCCCACAGAACUGAGCUGCGGGCGCACGGAGGGCUGCACACUCGGAACAAGCACAAGGAGACCGAAGAGGCGCUUCACUGAGGGUAUAGAGGAAGAGAGGAAGGGAGAGAGAGUGACUGAGAUCCAAUCUCACUCUCCCAGUUGAGGUCCUCAGCGGAUCGCGUCCAACAACUGCAGGACAAUGUCAAGUAAAGCGACUUUAGCCUUACUCAUCUAUGGAAUCAUAAUGCAUUACAGCGUCAACUGCUCACCUGUGGGGCUUAGCUUUCCCAGUGUUAGACUUGACAGUGAGGUUUAUGAUGAGGAUGGAAACUCCUUACCGUCCCUGGAUUACGACAGAGACCAAAUGGAUGUGAGAAGCCCUCCGUCUGUCGCUGACGACGUCUACACUUUGUAUUACCCUCCAGACAAAAGAACGGAAAGGCAUGCAGACGGCAUGUUUAAUAAAGCCUACAGGGAAGCGCUGGGUCAGUUAUCAGCAAGGAAAUAUCUGCAGUCUCUGAUGGCAAAACGUGUAGGCGGGGGGAAAAUGAUGGACGACAGCUCAGAGCCUCUGUCCAAGCGACACUCAGACGGGAUCUUCACAGACAGCUACAGCCGCUACCGAAAGCAAAUGGCAGUCAAGAAAUACCUGGCAGCAGUCCUUGGGAAAAGCCUUGAAGACAUAGGUUUUCACCAUAUCCUACAAGACAUAGACUUUGAUGCCCUCCCGGACGGGGAUGAGUUUGAGGCUUUUUUGGGAGACUGGCUGAAACAGUUCUCUCCCGAAUUUCCGGUGAGUUUCAGGCUCUUUCCUGAGGCCGUUAUCCUCGCAGCGGCGUCUCAUGUCCCUCCUUUUUCUUCUCACCUUUAACACUCAAACACUCAACUCUUCUUCCACCUCAUUUGUGCUCCUGUCUCUCUUAGAGUCUCACAGAUGUUUACCUUUAUUCCUCCUAAUCCCACAGUGUGGAGAGACUUUUGCUUAGACCGAUAUGUUAUACAUAUCAUUGCUGAUUGAUUUGACAGAUUUAUCCUUUUUAUGGAUGCAAGGAUGAUAAGAUAAUUUUAGUAGAUCUGGGUUAGACCAGAUGAGAGCCCUGUUGGAUUUAAACAACGCCAGUUAUCCAUUUUCAAGUCAAAAGGAUAUUCUUGACCAAAAAAACCCAACCAAAUCUGAGAUGAGGACCAGAGUACUUUUGAGGUUUUUCUUGUCCUUUUCUUCCGCAGUGUUUACACCUUGUGUGAGAGUGAGCUUACACCUUUGAUUCAUGUAAAUUGCCAAUCUUGUGUUUCUAUCAACUGGUUUCUGCUGAAGGGUUUCUCAUGUAUCUCUGCCCAUUUAAUAAGUAUCACUAACAUCUAAAGCAUCAGGUAAAUUAUAAAAAAAAGCAUAAAAAAAGAAGAAAUGAAACUUGUUACAUGGUGACUUAUCCAUCUAAUUUGUUCUUUGUGAGAGACAUGAGGCAUUUUUAUCUUUUGUGUUUCAACCUUCGGGGUCUAUUGUGCUUCCCUUUUCUGUCAUGUGAACCAAUGUAAAAAAAAAAAAAAAAUCUUCAGUAGAUUGCAUGAUUAAAGUAAUUGCACUAGCCACCGCAUCUGUGCAGACGACUCCAACUAGAUGGUUUUGCUUGCUUUCUGACUACUGCAAACAUACAUACCUGUCAUUUCUGGAUGUUGUUUUGUGUUCUGUUCUCACAUUUCUACACAAACUGUAUGUUGAAACUUUGUCCUUCUCUGAAGAAUUAUCUGAAUGUACUUUACUGCUGGCAAGAAUC